AUGACCGAAGCGACGGAAAGAACCACCAUUCGCCCGGCAGCCAACCUGCUGCACGCCAAGAGCCUGGCCAUUGUCGGCGCCUCGCCCAAGGGCAACUGGCCCAACCUUCUCUUUCACAGCCUGAAGGAAGCGGAGUUUCCCGGCAACGUUUUCCUGAUCAACCCCAAUUACGAGGAGAUCUGGGGCGCGCCCUGCUAUCCGAGCCUGGAGGCGCUGCCGGAGCCGGCAGAUCACCUGCUGAUGCUGGUGCCCACCCGGGCGGUGAUCUCCACCCUCAAGCAGGCCGUGCCGUUGGGUGCCAAGGCGGCGACCAUCUACAGCGCGGGCUUUGGCGAGGGCACCGAUCCCACGAGCCACGAGCGCGGCCGGGAGCUGGCCGAGUUCUGCGAGGAGAGCGGCAUCGUCUGCUGCGGCCCCAACUGCAUGGGCGCCGCGUCGGUGAACAGCGCAUGA